AUGAAACUCUACACCCCCAGAGAAGAGGAAGAAGAAAGGAGAAAGGGUGUCUCUACAAAACUUGGGCUCCGUCCGUAUUAUCCAUGGAACAUGAAGAAGAAGCUUACAAAAAGUGAUCUGGGUCAUCAGAGCAGGCUUUUGUUGUCAAAGGAUUUGAUCGAUGAGUAUGUUAAGCCUGUCAUGAGCGUUGAUAGCUUUGACAAAAUUCAAAGUAUGGAGGGUCUUAAAGUUUCUGUUUGGGAUUAUGAUACUGAUUCUGUGCAAAAUGAGAUGGUUUUUAAGAAAUGGCCAUCUUCCAACAGCAGUUACGUUUUCAUUCAAAGCUGGCGUAAUGAUUUUGUGAAAAGAAGGAACUUGCAGGCAGGAGACGAAAUUGCCAUGUUCUGGAAUGCAAGCUAUUCAAGGUUCAACUUCCGUGUUCUCAACAAGAAUUCAGCAAUUCCACCGGCUGCUCCAAAGUUUUGA